CCGGGGACUCGUAGAAAUUUCCCACGCUUGAAAUUCGCAGUAUAAAAGAGAGAGACUGUCGCACCGUUCAGGGCUACGCUGGCUGUGAUUUCUGAAGCGGAGGACGAACCACAAGUUCAGGAGGAGCAGUCUCAUUGGCUCUUGCAGAACCUAAUCACCCCGGAGGAAAUGAACGCCUCCGAAGUCGUCCAUUCCAAAGUCUACGACGAAGAGACCGUCGGCGACGAUGUCCCCCAAACCGCGCAUCAAAUCAGCACAGAUUCAUGGUUCCAAGCGGGGUUUGUGCUGACGACUGGAAUCAACAGUGCGUAUGUGCUGGGGUAUUCGGGGACUGUGAUGGUGCCGCUGAGUUGGGUAGGCGGUGUGGUCGGUUUGAUUCUAGCCACUGCUAUAUCACUCUAUGCCAACACGCUGAUUGCCAAGCUCCAUUUACUUGGGGGGAAGCGGCACAUCAGAUACAGGGACCUUGCAGGGUUCAUAUACGGGAAGAAAGCGUAUGGACUCACAUGGGGAUUUCAGUAUGUGAAUCUUUUCAUGAUCAACACUGGCUAUAUUAUUUUGGCCGGUUCAGCACUCAAGGCUGCCUAUGUUCUGUUCCGGGAUGACAGUGCUAUGAAACUGCCUCACUUUAUUGCCAUAGCUGGUUUUGUGUGUGCAUUGUUUGCUAUUGGGAUACCACACCUGUCCGCACUGAGGGCUUGGCUGGGGGUUUCGACAGUCUUGAGCUUGGUCUAUAUUAUUGUAGCACUGGUCCUGUCUCUUAAAGAUGGAGUCAAAGCACCACCUAGGGAUUAUGGCAUCCCUGGGACACAUGUAGGCAAAAUAUUUACUACCAUUGGAGCAGCUGCUAACCUUGUUUUCGCAUUCAAUACUGGAAUGCUUCCCGAGAUACAGGCUACAGUGAGGAAGCCAGCGGUUGAAAACAUGCUAAAAGCUCUGUACUUUCAGUUCACAGCUGGUGUUUUGCCAAUGUAUGCAGUAACUUUUGUAGGCUAUUGGGCAUAUGGAAACUCAACAUCAGCUUACUUGCUCAGUAACGUAAGCGGACCAGUUUGGGUGAAGACAUUUGCUAAUAUCUCUGCCUUCCUGCAAUCGGUCAUUGCUUUGCAUAUAUUUGCAAGUCCAAUGUAUGAGUACUUGGACACGAAGUUUGGGAUUAAAGGAAGUGCAUUCAAAAUCCAGAACUUGACCUUCAGAAUCACAGUUAGAGGCGGCUAUCUUGCUCUGAACACAUUGGUUUCAGCUCUUUUGCCAUUCCUUGGGGAUUUCAUGAGUCUCACGGGAGCCAUCAGCACAUUUCCUCUUACAUUCAUUCUCGCAAACCACAUGUACCUGGUGGCAAAGAAGGACAAGCUCACUACAUCACAAAAGCUCUGGCAUUGGCUAAAUAUUUGCGUCUUUAGCUUCUUGUCAGUUGCAGCCCUGAUAUCGGCCUUGAGGCUCAUUGCAGUUCAUUCCAAACAAUACCACGUCUUUGCUGAUCUAUGAUUACUUUCUUCGUAUUUAUCUUCUUCUUUUCAAUAUUUAUCAGUCAAUUGUACUUGGUAUGCAUUUAGGCUGUACUUUUUCUAUAGCUUAAGCAUCAAAUAAUAUCAGAUCAAAGGGCCAAAAAAGGAAAGAAAAAUAAAUAGCAUAGAUUCU